AUGGAUUUCUACAUGAACGCGACUUCAACUCCGAUCCCGACGGAGUGGCAAUUCGACGACAUGCUGGACGAGCUGCACAGAAGAGAUAAGCCGGUAAUGGAUUUCUACAUGAACUUCGCCGUGCCCGAGCAAGAUCCCGACCUCAUGUGGAAUACUUCGGUGGAGGAAGAGGAGAUGCCGCAGCCAGCCAAUGAGAUCGGAGACAUCAGUAGAAUGAUUGCCGAACUCUUCGACGCCAACGCCUCCAAGCCGAAGUUCCAAUACGUCGGAGAGAUCGACGACGUCGCAGCCGAAGUGAAGCUGGCCGACUUCGGCUGCAUUGCUGGACAGAAAGAGGAGGAUUUCGUCGGAAGAAGUCUUCAGAGCAUCGAGUUCUCUUACGAUCAUUCUGCUGAUUCGAUCUUCCCGACUCCUCCGCAGUCGGACGACGAGAGCCCGAUCAACGACGUCUUCUCACCGGCGGCCACUUCCACUCCGAUUCCAUGGCUGUCGAGACGGGGCACUUCUGGAGAGAUGGACUCGAGUUUGGAUGGAUAUGAUGCGUCGAACGAAGAAGAAGAAGAGUCGGAGCAGCCGAGUGACAUCAGUUACGACGAAAGUGAAGAGGACGAGGACGAAGUUGUGAUGCCAGUGAGACGGCGUCAGGCUUCGGAGAAGAGAAUCCCGGACUACCAGGGACCAUCUACGACUGAGAACUGGAAGAGAGCUGCUGCUGAUAGUGAGGAUGAUCGCGAGGAAAGUAUCGAUCUCUCCGACUGCUAA